UCGAACUUCCGCUUCUUUUCGUUUCGUCGGAGAACGCGUAAACACGUGCGCUUAAGACUUUUAACAUUUUAUUCAGUGAAUUUCCUCUUUUAUAUAAAUAAUUAUUUAAUUAUUUAAUUAAACAUGACUUCCAAAGCCGAACUCGCCUGUGUUUAUUCAGCACUGCUUCUCGUCGACGACGAUGUUGCAGUUACUGGAGAGAAAAUUCAAACGAUCCUGAAAGCCGCAAACGUUGACGUUGAACCUUACUGGCCAGGACUCUUCGCCAAGGCUUUGGAAGGCGUUAAUGUCAAAGAACUUAUCACGAAUAUUGGCUCUGGAGUCGGAGCUGCACCAGCUGCUGGAGCUGCUGCUGCACCCGCUGCCGCUGCUGGAGGCGCAGCUGCCGAGUCCAAGAAAGAAGAGAAAAAGAAGGAAGAGCCCGAAGAGGAAUCCGACGACGAUAUGGGCUUUGGUCUCUUCGACUAGAAGCAACGAUUAAACAAAUCAAUUUAUUUUUGUACAGUUCUAUUGUGCAUUGUAAUUAUAAAAGUUUCUUAAAUUAAAAAAAAACCUCCAUAUACUAUGGAAA